AUGAAAUAUCCUGAGUCCUUUGACUAUGUAACUGCUGCUGAAGCUUUCAAAAAACAACACCAGGAGCAGCAGCACUGCCUGAGCCUCCUCUACCUCUUCUCCGUGUGCCACAUCCUGCUGCUGGUGCAUCCCACUUGCUCCUUCGACAUCACCUACGACCGCGUUUUCAGGGCGCUGGACGGGCUGCGGCAGAAGGUGCUGCCCUCCCUGAAGGCUGCCAUCAAGGACUGCCCAGUGGGCAAGGAGUGGAAACUCAACUGCAGGCCCUGCCCUCCGCGCCUCCUCUUCCUCUUCCAGCUCAAUGGGACCCUGAAGGUGGAUCCCCCCCCAGGCAGGGGCCAGGAUCCCUGCGGCCACCUGGAAAAGCCGCCCCCCAAGAAGCAUUCCCCUAAGAGGAGGCUGCAGCAUGCGCUGGAGGAUCAGAUCUACCGCAUCUUCAGAAAGAGCAGGGUGCUCACCAACCAGAGCAUCAACUGCCUGUUCACCGUGCCUGCCAACCAGGCCUUUGUCUACAUCGUGGCCGGCGGGGCCCAGGAUGGGGAGGAUCCGGUGGCCAUGCUUCUCGACCAGCUCAGGAGCAACUGCACCAUGAGAGAGACCGACUCACUGCUGGCUCCCACCCUGUCCGGACCCAGGAGGUACCAGAUGAUGAGGCACGGCAGGCAGCAGUUGUCCUUCUAUGCGGAGAGCAGCAGCAGCAGCUCCAGCUCCUCUGGGCAGCUUGUGGACUGCACCCUCAAGGAGUUCCUGUGGCAGCACGUGGAGCUGGUGCUCAGCAAGAAGGGCUUCGACGACAGCGUGGGGAGGAACCCUCAGCCUUCUCACUUUGAGCUCCCGACCUACCAGAAGUGGGUUGCUGCAGCGUUAAAACUGUACGAAGUGACCAUUGAAGGCAAAGACGACGACCCCGCUUCUCUCACUGGGGAGCUGAGUUCCAAAAUCAUGGGCAGCAUCAAAGUCUUGGAAGGAUAUUUAGAUAUAGACACUAAAUUCUCUGAAAACCGUUGCCAGAAAGCUCUCCCCAUGGCCCACAGCGCGUAUCAAUCCAAUCUGCCCCAUAAUUACACCAUGACAGUCCAUAAGAACCAGUUGGCCCAAGCGCUGCGCGUGUACAGCCAGCACGCGCGGGGACCGGCCUUCCAUAAAUACGCCAUGCAGCUCAACGAGGACUGCUACAAGUUCUGGAGCAACGGGCAUCAGCUUUGCGAAGAGCGAAGCUUAACUGACCAGCACUGCGUGCAUAAGUUCCAUUUGCUCCCUAAGGCAGGGGAGAAGCCAGAAGCAGACAGAAACCCUCCAGUUCUGUAUCACAACAGCCGGGCUCGCUCCACAGGGGCUUGUAACUGUGGAAGGAAACAAGCGCCUCGCGACGACCCCUUUGAUAUCAAAGCAGCUAAUUAUGACUUCUACCAGCUGCUGGAAGAAAAAUGCUGUGGGAAACUGGAGCACAUCAACUUCCCCGUGUUUCAGCCCAGCACUCCUGAUCCAGCACCUGCUAGGGAUGAGGCAUCGCCUGCCCCUCCAGAAGGAGAGAUUGAGAAACUGAAAGAAAAAGAGCCUCAGACUCAGGGAGAAAGCACAGGCCUGAGCUUAGCCCUCAGCCUGGGUCAGUCGACGGGCAGCUUGGGCACUUACCCACCUGACCCCCAGGGUGGAGGUGACAACGCAGAGAGCCACGGGCAGAGCGGUGACUCCAAAAGCGAGAAGAGGCCAAGUCUGGUCGAUCGCCAGGCCUCCACUGUCGAGUACCUCCCUGGGAUGCUCCAUUCCAACUGCCCCAAAGGACUUUUGCCCAAGUUCUCCAGUUGGGCACUGGUCAAGCUUGGCCCCGCUAAGGCUUACAACUUCCACACCGGCCUAGACCAACAAGGCUUUAUCCCAGGAACGAACUAUUUAAUGCCCUGGGAUAUAGUCAUCAGAACAAGAACUGAAGAUGAAGGAGACUUGGACACCAAUUCGUGGCCUGCACCUAACAAAGCUGUUCCUGGGAAGAGAAGCGCAGUUGUGAUGGGAAGAGGAAGGCGGAGAGAUGACAUAGCUCGAGCUUUUGUGGGAUUUGAGUAUGAAGAUGCACGUGGGAGGCGGUUCAUGUGCUCGGGGCCUGAUAAGGUCAUGAAGGUGAUGGGAGGGGGGCCAAAGGAAUCUGCUAUCAAGGCCCUCAAUUCCGACAUGCCACUGUACAUCCUGUCAUCUACUCAGGGACGAGGGCUCAAGCCCCAUUAUGCUCAAUUUAUGAGACUCUUCGUGGUGGUUCCUGAUGCUCCCCUGCAAAUAACUUUAACACCUCAGGUUCAGCCAGGGCCACCACCUUGUCCUGUGUUUUACCCUGAGAAGCAGGAGAUAACCCUUCCAUCUGAUGGACUGUGGGUGCUUAGAUUUCCUUAUGCGUAUGUGACAGAACGCGGACCCUGCUUUCCUCCAAAAGAAAGUCAACAGUUAAUGAGUUACAAAGUUCUCAGAGGAAUACUGAAAGCAAUUACACAAUAAGAAU